AUGGUUGCUUGUUCAUCUUUUUUUGCCUUUGGGCUUCUCGCUGUUGCUGACCUCGUUGCUGGUCACGGUGCCAUUGUUGCCGCCACUGGUGAUGCUGGUGGAAGUGGCACGGCUCUCGGAAUCGAUUCAUCCACUCCUCGAGAUGGAACGAGAAGACGCCCAUUCCAGCAAGACACCACCCGCUUUCGUGGUGAUUCCGCCGAUACUUUCGGCGAGACACUUGAGGGUGGUGAUAAUGACCCAGAAACUGGCACCGCUGCAAUCCUAGCUGAGAGCGGUGACCAACUUCCUCAAAUCACUCCAGGUGGAGAAGUCCAGAUGACAUUACACCAAGUUAAUGCGGACGGUGCCGGUCCCUACACAUGCAUGAUCAAUGAUGACGGCACAGGAACAACGUGGACACAAAUGACCGUUACUCAAAAUGUUCCAGGUGAACGAGGAAGAGACCGUGAUGGACAGGCGACGGAUUUCCCGCUGACUGCACAAGUUCCAGCUGGUCAAACCUGUACUGGUACCGUUGCGGGUCAAGAAAAUGUGUGCAUGGUUCGCUGCCAGAAUCCUGCCCGUGCUGGUCCAUUCGGCGGAGUCGUUCCUGUCCAGAUGCCCAAUACAGCCGCAGCCACUGAAGCUGCCACCAACGGUACCGCAACGGCCACGACAGCCAAUACCGGUUCUGCGGCGGAAAUCGCCGACGCAAACACUCCCAGUGAUACCGCCACUCCAGCACAGGCCGCUGCCGAAAUCGCCGAAGAUGAAGCCAAGAAGAGAAAAGCUCGACGUUCAUCGCGAAUCGAACGUCGCUCCGCUGCUGCCAUCUCGUACAGAGCUGCCGUCAGAAACUAG